AGGUCCUGCAUUAAUGGUACAAGUAGUGGCCGAUGACAAGCAUGCUUACCAGGCGCCAUCUUCCCUCAUACACAUCACACACGUGCAGUGCUUCCCGAGGACAGCCAUCUGGAUCUUAUCGCCUCCCUAACCUUGCUGUUCUUCUCUUCUGGAUCAAGAGAUGGCCGUGGUUCAUUCUGUUCUCCUCCUGUGGACACUCACUGUCCUCGUCGUCCUUCACAGCGUCCAGUUGUCCCGUGCCCAAGCGCACCAUCGGAACUGGAACGAGGCACAACUUCCAAAGUGCAAGAAGCUGCUGACACGCAAAGAAUGGCGAACAUUGACGCAGAGUGAGAAGGCCGAGUGGGUCAAAGCGGUCAAGUGCCUUGCGAGCAUACGCCACGAACGGCUAUCCUUUGCAAAAGACCAUACCGUGCUUGAGGGGAAGAGGAGUCUGUACGACGACUUCUCUUACACGCAUGCAUUAGUGGAGCAUAGUGCGCAUAGAAAUGCGUACUUUCUACCCUGGCAUCGAUGGUUCACUCACCUCUUCGACACGUCUCUACGCGAGACGUGCGGGUACAGCGGCCCUACCCCAUACUGGGACUGGUCACGCGAUCACAAAGAUCUGUUCCACUCGCCCAUCUUUGAGGAUUCGCACGAGUACGGGCUAGGUAGAAAUGGAGAUCCCGAGCUGGACUGCGCCGUCACCACCGGCGCUUUCGCGUCCUUUGAGCUCGCCUGGCCGAUCCCCCACACGCUGCGGAGGAACUUGACGCUCCUCACCGGAUGGUAUCCCCAUGAGUUGCCUCAAAACCGCACGCUGACACCGGAGUACGUGCGCAAUGCGACGGAGCAGACCACGGGCGACUUCUUCCGCUUCCAGGGACACAUGGCCCUCCUGCAUAACCACGUCCACAACUUCGUCGGAGGCGACUUGGCGGGGUCCUGCCCCCAGGCCAUACCAGAGGAUCACUGCAACGGCAUGGCGGAUAGCUUCACGCCGAAUGAUCCGCUCUUCUGGCUGCAUCAUGCGCAGCUUGACCGGUUGUGGAAUGAGUGGCAGCGCCGAGACCCGUCUAACUUCGCCGCCUUUUCGGGCAUGCCGUUGGUCGCGCAGGACAUGUCUGAUCCAAGCUACGACGUCGACGCCAACGCAGAUCAUAUGAUGCCCUUUGAUAUACGCAGUGUGUCUGUGCCUCCGAAGGCGGUAUUUGAUACGGAGGCAUGGCCGCUGUGUUAUCGUUAUGCGGAUGAGGAGACACCGGUAUUGGAGUAGACUCAACCGGCACGGCCCUUUAGACUUGUUUUUAUCGGAUUGCGAGCUACGCAGAAGGGAUUCAUGCAAAAGUACCGACUUUAUAUGUACUUUCGAAGACA